UCCAUUUUUGACCACGGAUAUCACAAAUAGAACCUACAGUGUCUUGAUUUAAGUCUUCGAAGAAUUGAUAGAGCAUCACUGAUGUCAAUUUCAGUCACUAAUUUUGGAGCUACGAACGUUCAAGAUGCACGCAUAACUGGUGUCAACCUUGCGGAGUUUGAAUAGCCAAGAGUGUCCCUAAACCACUAUGGAGUCAACCAACCAGUCCGGGUCCCGUCCCCAGCAGAAGAAGUACGUUGUAGGCAGCGCCAGGGGCCUCGGAGGGGCCCAGAUCUUCUUCGCUGGUCUGUUGAUGACCUUCGGAAUCAUCGGAAUGGUUUUACAAACACUAGCGUACUUUGCCGGGGUUCCUAUCUGGACUGGACUAGUGUACCUGGUGACAGGCAUUCUUGGGGUGGUAUCAAGCCACAGGAACACUAGAUGUGUGCUCAUCGGCCUUCUUACCAUGUCGUGCUUGAGUGUGCUGAUGACGAUUUGUGGGAUCGCAACAGCCGCCUACGCCGUAGAUGGAGAGCACUGGAACUACUUUCCUGGACCCGGGGAGUGUCACUGGCACUGCUCAGGCCUGGACAUCGCCCGUUACACGAUUGACGCGGCGAACCUCCUGUUUGCGCUGGUUGAGCUGGGUCUGUCCAUCGCCACCAUUGCAGUCUGCUCGUACACACUGUCUAACGGAUGCUGUGGGGAGGGGGGCAGCAGGUGCUGUGGGGAGGGGGGCAGCUGUUGUGUGAAUGGCAACACAGGGAAUUCCUACCAGACCAUGCACGAGGUCGCACCAGGCGGACGGCUGGUUCCGCUGCACAGCCUUGCAAACAUCAACUACGCUCCAGCGCACACUGCGAACGCGCCGUCCUACGUCAUCAGUAGCCCCAUACCUCCUCAACACGGAGAUGUGCAGCAAGGAAUGGUUGCAGGUACAGGGGACCAGGCUAUGACUCUGGCGCAUGCGCAACAGCAGCAGCAACAGAAGAACGAGCCUCCACAGCAGCAGGGUGCCACCCCAGACGCGCAUGCGCAACCUGGUUACGUCAGCCCUCCACCGGGGUACAACCAGGCUUAGGUCAUUCAUCUCCAAGCAGAUGUAGAGUGCUCCUGCAUGCACUUAUCAAGGAAAAAAAGAUUUUCUGUAAAAAAGAAUAUAGAAUUUGGGAUGUAUUGUAAACUAAACGAGAAGUAAAUGAUAGUUCAUACGUAGUCAAGAAGUCCUUCAUAUGUAUGAAAACAUACACGUGCUCUUUGAUGAAUGAGCUUCAUCUUUUAUGUUUAGGCCAUGAACAAUUGCGGCGAAUUUUCUGGCUAUACGUUGUACAGUUUUCACAUUCUGUCAUUUUGAUGAUUAAAUCCUUUAUUGAAACAGG